AUGACCUUUAUUGGUUCUAUGGGCUUCCAUCAUAAUAACAGCAGCUGUGAUAAUGGAAAUUCAACCGUUUAUACAAAAUUAGAUUUGUCAAAUAGUACAACAAGCUUACCAUAUCACUUAUAUCAGACACAGUCUGGUUUGUUCAACAGAAUACAAAAUAGUGCAAAUGUGCAGCAGUUACUGCUGAGGCGCAAUCGUUUAGACUCUUUGGAGAAGUAUACCGAAGCUCUAGACAGCAUGAAAGCAUCAUUAACAGAAUUAUCACUGCGCGACAAUCGGUUUACUCAGUUCCCUGCAGAAAUUACCGUACUCAAGAAUCUAACUAGCCUUUCGUUGGCCAACAAUGACUUAGGAAGUAUACCCGAAGGAAUAUUUCCUGAAUUGUCUCAUUUACGGUGGUUGAAUUUAAGAGGAAAUGGAUUGAAGAUGCUACCUUAUGACAUUGUGUGCUGCCAUGUAUUAACAGGAAUGAACCUGGAACAGAACGGAUUCAAAAAUGGAAUAGUUGAGGAGAUAUCAGUACUGGGAAAUAUAUAUCUAACUAGCCUAACUCAUUUAGAAUUUCCAGAGGUCCUUUUCUUCUUGACAAGUCUUGAGAUUCUAAUGAUAUCACGAAAUAGAAUUUCAUCUAUAUCCUCUAAAUACAUUUUCCCUAGGAGCAUCAGAACCCUCAGUUUAGGCUUCAAUCAACUAACUGUGGUACCUCAUACUCUAGUAUAUGAUCCUCCUCCCCUCCUAUCACAUCUCCAACUCUCCGGCAACCCACUAUGUUCUUUACCACAUGAUUUUCUUACUACAGGCUACAGUCAUAUCGUCAGCCUUGACUUUCACACAUGUCAAUUGACAACUAUUUCUGGCUCUUUUUUUGUACGUUUAGCUUAUCGCUGUCCUCUACUUCGUCGUUUAAACCUGGCUAUCAACAAGCUUACCUCCCUACCACCUGAAAUCGGUCUUUGCAGUCAGCUCAACUGGCUUAACCUUAAUGAUAAUCAAAUUAGUGAUCUACCCGAAUCAAUGACCAAUAUGGUUCAUUUGAUCAAGCUAGGGCUUGUUCAAAACAAACUUACCACAUUACCAUCCAACUUACUCAUGAACAUGAAGCAACUGCUGAAAUUAGAUAUAAGGCAUAAUCAACUGGAGUUCUUCCCUUCUUCGAUUAUGGCCUUGUUACCAGAUAGCGAAGUCAGACAACACGCCCUUGUAGCAGCUUCUUGUGAGGUUUUCAACAUAUAUGAAAACAAUUUGGAAUUCAUAGGAAGCAAUAACGAGAAAACCACUUUCCGCAGAGUAGAACCCUGUCAUGUGUGUCGUUGUUAUCAUCGUAACUAUUUCGAUAAAAAUGGAGACACAUUAGGAAAAGAUACGGAUAUUGCAACAGCCACCAGCUCUUCAUCGUCAACGGAAACUACCACUAACCUUCCUUAUUAUCACCAACUGUGUUUACACUACACAACCAAUGAUUCGAAUUGCUGUCAUCGUCGUUAUGGUGGCUCUUUGAGGACGCUCAUGGUGAGCCAUAACGCCCAAACUCUACAGCAUGCAGAUGGUAUUUUAUGCAACACAUCAUUGAAGAUAGAUCAAGGUGAUAGCAAAGACGCUGAUACACACACAAUGCAAAUUCUCUCUUUGAAAGAAGCUUUUCAGAUUUUACAACACACAGCAUAUUUGCCAUCUCAAUCUUCAAAUGCAAAUACCAGUUUAAAGGCGAGGAAAAAAAAGGUUCUUCAUGAAGCGUGCUUCUUUAAAGAAAAAAGAAAUCAUACUGUUUAUAGUGCCGGCAGUAGCAGUAAUAUUGAUGUUACUGAUAUUACUACCAGCAGCGAGAACAGUAAUAGAGACAGGACUUUCAAAAAACCACGAACGUAUAGAUCAUGCAGAGACGCUCGCUUUACAGUCGUUGGCCGACAUAGAAUGCUUAAUGCUUUAAUGGAUAUUGAUACUGACGAUGAAGAAGAUGAGGAGACUAUUGAAAAAAACAUAGACGUUCAAAAAUUUGCUGAAGAAAAAUCCAUCGUUGAGACAACUCGGAAUAAGUUGUCUGAAGUAUUUCCUUUAUAUGAACUGUCCUUACGCCAGCAAUUGAAUAACAUGACAUUCACUCCCAGUAGAUAUCAUUUUACGAACCUACAGAAUAGUACUCAUCAACCAUAUCAGACGAACAGUGAUCGCGAGAAUUGUUCUUCAUCAGCGCCAUCCAAUAGUCAUCUUACGAAGCAACAAUUACAAAAGAAGCGUCAACGCCUCUCUAGCCAUCAAACAGAUCGUUUGCUUAAGGCUGCUUUCCCGCGGGGUAUCCUUCCUCCUCUUCUUCUAUCUGACAUUUUGCGCCGUUCACCGCGACAAUGCAGCUUUUGCCUUCGAUGGAAUAGCUAUUCUCCCUAUUCAAUUGCGGUCAAUACUAAAAUAUGCAACAACAGACUACAAAUCCCCAUCCGACAUAACGUUUGUUCGUUUGAUUGUGCGCUAGAAGCGAUAAUACUUUUGUACGAAAGAACAAUGAAUUACCACUGUUUAGACCCUACCUUAUUUCUUGGUUUGCAAGUAGCUCGCUCAAUUACAUCGUCUCAAGGCACAAGAUUUUCAACGGAGCAUCAGCAACAGCAACAGCAGCAGCAACUUUCUCCACGCUUACUAUCUUCCGCAGGCCGCAAUAAUAAUGCAACAGACGAAUGGAAUGAGAGAUCAAUAACCUUUCCGUUGGCUACGCCACUGUACGACUAUCAGAAUGCAGCAAGGCAAAUAUGGCAAUAUGCAAGUCCCGAUUGGAGAAUAUUGAACCAACAACAAUAUGAAUUGGAAAAUCAACGCAGUUUUCUUUUUCGUGAAACUCGAAUUGAGUAUGCGGAAUCGCAUGCUCAUCAGAAUACGAGGAUCAACUCUCCACCGCUGAGCUCAGGUACUGCCACUUCAUCAUCUCAACAUAGCUUCGCUCGGCCAUUAGCUGCUGCAAGACGACUUACUAGGCUGGUCAGAAAUCGUGUGCAAGCAAUGCAUUUGUUCCAAAACCAUACAGAUAAUUCUUCAGCUUUAGCAACUGAGGAGAGAGUAGAGCCUUCCUCUUCUUCAUCUUCCAAUUCUCCUGAUUCUAUUGUGGUACAGAACCAGCCAGAUCAUCGUCUUGUGAAUCCAAAUGCUGGAGAAAUCAGAGAAGAAGAACAGCUGACAGAACAGCAGCCCCAAGCACGACACCGAUAUCAAAUUAUUAGCUCAACGAACAUAAAUGAUCAUGAACUGCAUCCGACCAUACCUCUAACGCAAACAGAGCGUAUCCUCUCUCCUCAACCGCACCUUACAGCAUUCAAUCAUCUGCCGCGAGAUGCAAUACGCUUAGAAAGAUUUUGAAUAUGAUCCAGAAUUUUUAUGAUACAAAUGUCACAUUUUAACCUUCGCCUAACUUAUGGGGAGAUCAAGAAAGCAAUGACUAUGGUAGAAAGCUCUAUGCUCAAGUUAAGGAUGACAUUUUCACUUAGUCAAAAACGCUAGUAUCAUGUAAACAUUUUUAUUUAAUAAGAACUUAUUAUUUUACUGCAAAUGAGAA